AACUAGAACCCGUGAUCAGUUGGGACCAAUCGCCUUCUGCCGACCAGGCUACUCUGUUCAGGGAGGCAAAAACGAAAAUCUCAGCGCCAAAUUCUCUCAGAUUGUUUAUUAAAAUCACCAUAGCACUCGUUCGGUACGGGCGUUUAAACCAAUCGCCGCAGAAUGUCAGAGUUUUAGUGGCGUGAGAACCAAUCGAAUUUGGCGGUGGGCGUGCCGCAGAGACAAGCAAACUAGAUUGAACAACUGUAAACUGUCUGUUUGAAUUAGAUGAGAUCGGCAGAGGUGAGCGGUGAUGAAGCGUGCACGGUCGCCAAUAGAUCCGCAACUACAAACAUGCAAGUGCUGCUGCACCGAUUCAAAACUCUAUACGAGGAACAGCUGGAGCGCUUGGAGUCGCAGGAGCUGAGAGCCGGCGAUCGCGAAGAGGUGCUGCGGAAGAAAGUGCAGAUUCUGCGAUCCUACGUGAAUGAUCUUUGUGACCAAAACCAGAUUUUGGUUCGGACAGUGGAAGACCUUGAGACGGAAGCCAAUGACAAGUUGGCCGUUCUGCAGGCAAAAAUUGGCAGUUCUGAUCAGGCGAUUACGUUGUCUGGAAGGGAAGACAGUGUUGUGAUUCUACGGAGCAAGCAGGGCUCUCUUCAUAAUGCAGGAAUGGAGGAAGAGAGCAAGAUAGCAGAUGGAGAUAUCGAAGCCGGAAUGUCGAGAGCUGAGCUUCGGAUCACUCGGAGAGAUGGAAGGGCAGCACAGAAUAAGCUGCAGGAGGAGGUUGGGAACCUAGGAGGAGAGACAGCCACUGUGGAGGAGGUCCGGGGCCAGGCCCCUCUCAAGUCACGCAGACGGCUGGCGAAGGAGGUGGCGGAGCUGACGGCCCAGGUGCAGGAGAGUGAAUCCAAAGUGAACAGCCUGGAUUUAGAAGUUUGUCUACUGAAGUCCAAAUUACAGGAGAAGACGGAACAAUCUCAACAGCUGCAAGAUCAAAUUGUAAAACAGCAGGAGGCCCUAAGUAGGGCAACCGAAACUCUGAGAAGCACAAAGAAGGCAGCUGGCAGUAAGAUUUCUAAAAGAGACAACAAACUUGAGUUGUUGCAGAAGAAGUUGUUAGACGUCCAAAAGCAGUACUCUGAAUGUAACAAUGCGUUACUCCUCAGGGAAGAUCUCCUGCAGAAGCUGAAGGAGGAGACCGUGCAGCUGACAGCCCAAAUAAAAGAGCAGUCCCAGGACAUUAGCAGGCUGAGCGGCGAGAAGACGAAGCUGGAACGGGAGAUGACGGUUGUCAUGGAGAAGCAGAGAACGGCACGACAAGAGGUGAACAGCCGGGAUCAAGUGAUUCUGCAGCUGAGGACGACCCUGAAAGUGACGGAGGAGAAGCUGCAGGACGCGGAGAGGGGGGUCCAGGAGGCAGACGAGCUGGCAAAGGGGAAAAGCAUCGAAGCCACACUGUUAAUUCAGCAGCAGAGGGACUUGCAGAAGGAACUGGGUGACAGCACGGCUGCGGCUAAGGGUCAUGAAUCGGCCUCAGCCAUCUUCAGGCAGAAAUACCAAGCCGCCAUGGAGAAGGUUCAGCUACAGGAGGGCCGGAUGGCGGGUCUCGAGGAGGAAGUCUGCUACUCCAAAGUCCAGGUCUGUCAGGCCCAGGAAAAGGUCAACGGCUUGACGGCGGAGAUCCUGAGCCUGGAACGCCGAUACGGCGAGAAGUGUGGACAUGCGGAGAAGUCAGCAGAAGCCAUUGACCAGCUGGCCGAGGAGCUCCAGUCGACGCAGGAGGCCCUGAAGGUCAGCAGGGACCGCGUCUCAGAGUGCGAGCGGCUGAUCAGCUGGCUAGGGCGGCGAGUACACAUGCAACAGGAAGAGCUCCUAGAGCAUGAGAAGGCCUCUCUGGAUCUUCAGUCGGACUCGGUGUCAUAUCGACGACUCAGUCACAGUCACUCCGAUGCGGAGUACGGAGAGUUACAGCAACAACGAGACCUCCUGAGAAAGGAUCUGGAUUCUCUGCAGCGGCAGUACAUGGAGCAGGGCAAGAGGGCCGUGAGGCUCGAGACAGACUUCCAAGCGCUGAAGACCGACGCCACAAACCUGGAGGCGGAGCUUCGGAGGCGCGAGGACGAGAACCGCAACCUCGAGCACACCCUGCAGUCUCUGCACCUGGACGCUGCAUCGGCCCACCAGGACCACAAGGUGGCGCUAGCCCGGCUGGAGCAGGAAGUGGCCCAGCUGGAGGGGGACCUUGCCGACUCCAGGAGAACCUGCGCUCAGAAGGACCAGGCUCUCAGGGCGAGAGCUGACCUCCUGAAGAGGUGUGAGGCCGACCUCAUCCAGGCCAGGGAGGCCUUUGGGAGCAAGGAGUUGGAGCGGCGGGCCCUGGAACGCACCAUCGCAGACCUGAGGAGAGAAGCCCAGACCUGGGAGGAAGAGAGGAGCCAAAGAGAGCAGGAAAAUCUGUCCCUCCGGGCUGAGGUGAAACAGCUGCAACAGCACAUGCGGAAGCUCCACAGGCAGCACAGGCAGAGUGUCCAGGCUCUGUCCGACCACAAGGAGCGGACGACGCUGCUGGAGGCCAGCUUCAGCGCCAUGCGGGAGCAGCUCGGCAUACAGACCGCAGAGGCCGUGCGGCAGGAGCGGGGUAGCCGGCAGGCCCGCGCCGAGCUGAGGAGUGCCGAGGGGAGGGCCCGCGACACGGCAGAGGAGCUCGCCCGCCUCAACCAGAUGGUGCAGAAGCUACAGGCGGACUCCACUUCAGGAAAACAGCUGUUGCUGCAAGCCCAGCAGGAGAUACUGGAGGGACAGCACAAGGCCAACAAGGAGCCCCUCAGAGUCACACAACAGCCGAACGACGGAGAGAGUCACAUUUUGGUGCCGGUGGAUGAUCCCAACAAGAUCCAAGACAAACAGGGGGGUACACUGGAGAGUGAGAGUCGUCUGGAGGUCUCGAGUGCGAGCCCAGCUCCGGGGGACAUGCAAAGGGAGCAUCACUCUCGAGAAGAGGUUGAAAGUCUGAAAAUGGAGCAAUAUGCGCUGAAGGAGAAGCUGGCGACUGUGAGCGCAGAGCUGGAGACACAGCAAGAGGCCACAAAAGCAGCCCGUAUGGAAACCACCCAUCUGCAGCGCGAUUGUGAGCAGCUAGCAACCAACCUGAGCAUCUGGAUCGACAAGCAGAGGAAUGCUAGUGAAAGCCUCGCCGGCAAAAUUAAGGAGCAGAACACCCUGCUGUCCUUCAUCAGCAUGGAAAAGGACCAUUUGCGAGAAACCAAAGACGCGAUGGAGGUGGAACUCGAGAAGCUGAAGGCCACGAGUAAUGAAAAGCAGAGGGAGAUUGAGCGUUUAAAGGCCGUGGACAGUCACUCCUCUAAUCAGCAAGCACUUCUCAAUCAGCCCAGAGGUCACCUUGAGGUGGACGAGAGCAAGACGGUUAGCCUGGUGACCCAGAACCUCAGCAGAAUGGAAGACAUGCAGUCCAAGCUGAAAGCAAGCAUGGAAUCCAUCGUUCUGCUGAACCAACAGCUUAGCGCUCUGAAUCUGGAGAACGCGGAUCAGAGGAGGCAGUUGGAGGACGAGCAGGCCCAACGUAAACAGCUUGAACGGAGGUUAAAGAGUGCUGGACACCUCACCCUCAGGGCUCUUCCACAAAGGUUUCCUCUCUGCCAGCUCACACCCCCCCCGCAUUGAGCCUGGCCCCCCCGACCCGGCCGCCAUCUCACAUCGGCCCCCCACUCCCCGACGAGGGCCCUUCUUGACUGCUGAAUGGGAACCGACAGGCAACUUAACGAGAGUGGAUCCCGGGGAGGCACAGGAUAAGUCCUACUGGAUCCAACGGGUGGGGGAGCUCUCUGUACAGCUCCAGGAGAGCUCGGAGUUCUGGUCGGAGAAGAUGAGCCAGCUCGCCGUAGAGAUUGAGGCUGUGCGUGGUGCAGCUAUGGAAGAAAACCAAUCAAAAAAUAAUAAUUAAAAUGAACACGAGACUGAAAAACGUGGCAUAAAUCGCCGACGGUGCUAAAUGACUUGUUGACAUUGCAUUUAAAUAACCAAGAUGUGUUUAAAUGCAGCUUCUCUAUAGCAAGAACAGACUGUCAUUAUAAGUGACAAUCACUGACUCAUUGAUAUAUAUAUAUAUAUAUAUUUUUACUGAUGCUCUUGUUAUAAAUAUUAGAUUUUGGUAUAUGUAUACCGUAGGCCUUUGUGCGUGUGCAGCAUGCAUGGAUCAGUAAUCUGUCACCGUACCCCUCCUGCGGUCACACCGGCGACAUUUUUUCUGCCUUGUUGAAGGCAGGCGACACUUGUUUCUCCAUGGCAUCUGUACAGGCCCCGAGGGCACGGUGUUGCCAGGGAAUCGGCUCCCGUAGCUGUCCGCAGAUCCCGCCCGUUCGUAAAUAGCAGGGAAAAUGAAUCACCUUCUCCCCUUGUCACACAUUCUGAUAAACCCUCAUUUCUCUCGAGUUUAUGCUUUGUCGCUACCAUUUUCAUUCCCCUGCCAAAAGUGAUGAUUCACCGCAUUGUUUUUUUUCCCUGUUUCUAAUUAAUACCCUUGACAGAAAUUAUUGCCCAUUUUAUUAUUCUGGAUCUGUGAUUGCUGUAGGCUUUUUUUUCCAAAAUUAUGCCUGUUUUUUCCUUGUGAGAGUUUUGUUGGUGACAUCUGUAUGUUGAUGACAGAUUUAUGAAUAGAAGCAAUAUACAGCAAUAUAUCUAGGAUUAUAACAGAUUGGUUUGUCCAAAUGUAUAGUAUAGCUGCUAACUAGACUGCAAAUAUUGUCAAAUGGUUUUUAUUCUAACUAUGUAGUAUUUUGUCGAAAAUCAGAUUGGAUUCCAAGGUGUUGUGUUAACACAUCUUGUCUGUCUGCAAGUGCAUUUUAAAGGCACAUAUAAGUGGAAUUAUUAAUAACUUUAAUAACUCCUGUGGCUGUAUGAAACGACAAGGACAAUGAUGAUGAGUCCCGCUUCAGCAAUAUGAUUUUCGCCUGCCAGUGUAGCUGCGAGCCUGUGGAUUAAUAAAUAAAUCAGCAAACCAACAGAGUUAAUGACCUAGGAACCAGGCAGCAAGCGCAAAAAAACAAACAUGUACUAUAAUCCUGCUUCAACCACCAAAAAAGAGUUAUUGCUCAGACCACAUCUCCAAUGGACUUUCUGGCAAUGUAGAGCCCUAAUGGAAUCGUCUUUGAACGGACUUCUCAUAUGUAUAGUCUGUAGUAUGUGUGUAGUCUAUAUACCGACACAUACAUCAAAACAAAAUACGAGGUACAAUUAAAUAGCACAACCUUAAUGCUACUUCUGUGAAAUGCUUCUGCCCUUUGCAAAGGGGGCUAUUUUUCCCGUGCUAAUGACAGACUGUUAGGAAAUCUGGAAGCUUUAACGUGGUACCCUCUGUUAUCCCCAGGAUGCAGGACAACAUUAAGAAAGUGACAUUUUUUUCCCGAGGGAUUAUACAUUUUAAUGAGGAGAGGCAGGGCUCAUUAGCGGGAUUCAUCAUUUACACCCUUGCUGCAAAACUCUUUAAAAAAAAUAAUAAAAAAAUCAUACAGAUACAUAAUGCAGGCAAUUAAAUGUCACUGCUUUUUAGGGUUAGCACUUAAGCCAGGAAAUCGGAAACAAUCACAAAAAUGAUCAUUUGUUGUCCUUGAGAGCAUG